AUGACCGAGUGGGACCUGACGCCGGUGCUGGCCAAGUACCUCGACCCGCAGUUGGUCAUUGGUCUGCUGGAGUUUCUCGAAAACAAGGAGAUCUACCCGUCUGAGGAAAUUUUCAAAUAUAAAGUAGAUAUUUUGGAUAAGAACAAUCUGCUUGACUAUCUGGUGCACGUCUACGAGAACUACAAUAUGGCCGUGCCAAAAGAGCUGCUUGAGAAAAAGGCCAAAUUAGCCGAGGAGACGAAUCGUGUCACCAGCGAACUUCAAGAAGUCUUUGCCGCCCUUGGCGAUUUGGACGAGCAGCAGCAGUUGCAGGUUCAGCUGCAGAGUAAACAACUGUUUUCGCCUGAGAAAGUGAAUCUUCUGUACGACUUUGCUCGCAUGAACUACAGCUCUGCGCAGUAUGCCCAAGCGAUUGGCUUCCUCAACACCUACCAGAUGCUGAUCACGCCUCAGGAUAAAAACUACGUGAACGUCAUGUGGGGCAACCUGGUGUGCUCGAUUCUGGCGUUGGAGUACAAACAGGCGCUGGAUCACUUCAACGUGAUCAAGGGCUACAUUGACAACUCCAACUUUACGCCCACUCAGGCCCUUCAACAGCGCACCUGGCUCAUCCACUGGGGCCUGUUUAUCUUUUUCAACAUUGAACAGGGCCGUGACAUGCUGGUGGAGCUCUUCUUUGACACCAAAAGCAUGGGCAACAAGAACGCGCAGAACCCCUACCUGAACGCCAUCCAAACGUCGUGUCCUCACAUUCUGCGUUAUCUGAGUGCUGCUGUCAUUACUCACCGGCAGCGACGUAACUGCAUGAAAGAUCUGGUACGCUUCAUUCAGCAAGAGUCGUACAACUACCGCGAUCCGAUCACCGAGUUUGUCGAGUGCCUCUACGUCAACUUUGACUUUGACGGCGCCCAGAAGAAGCUUCGCGACUGUGAGGUGGUCAUUCGCAUCGACUUCUUCCUCACUGGCUGCAUCGACGACUUUAUUCAAAAUGCUCGUCUCUUUAUUUUUGAGAUCUUCUGUCAAAUUCACGAAUGCAUUUCCAUCAACAUGAUCGCCGACAAGCUGAACAUGACCAAUGACGACGCCGAGCGAUGGAUCGUCAAGUUGAUUCGUGAUGCGCACUUUGACGCCAAGAUUGACUCCAAAAACGGCCACGUUAUUAUGGGUACCCAGGCACUGUCGCAGUACCACCAGCUAAUAGAGAAAACGAAAGCCAUGCGUCUGCGAACAGAGAUGCUCGCCGUCAACAUUGAAAAGACUCUCCACAAAAAGGCCGAUCGCUCAAUGUGGAAUUAG